GGUAAAUGCUGCAUAUGCACGACAAAAGUGACCGCGAUUCCUCGCUGAAUACUACCUCUUUUGCUCACCUGUACGACCGCAAUUCAUCUCAAAAGACAAAAUGGCAAGUGGAAGGCGUUUCUUUGUUGGUGGAAACCACAAGAUGAAUGGAAACAAGGCGUCGAUCGAUGGAAUUUUGAAAAUAUUGGAAGAUGCACAGAUUCCUGGAAACACCGAUGUUGUCGUUGCCCCGCCUACCGUCUACCUCUCGUAUAUGAAUGCCAAGAUCCCAGCAGGAGUGAAUGUCGCUGCACAGAACUGCUACAAGGUACCCAAGGGAGCAUUCACUGGGGAGACGUCUCCGGCUAUGCUGGAGGAUCUAGGGGUAGCGUGGGUGAUCUUGGGACACUCAGAGAGAAGGCAUGUCUUCGGCGAGUCAGAUGAGUUGAUUGCUGAGAAGGUUGCUCAUGCCCUUAGCUGUGGACUCAAGGUGAUAGCAUGCAUUGGAGAGAAGCUAGAUGAGAGAGAAAACGGCCAGACCAAUGAAGUUGUCUUCCGUCAGAUGAAAGCUUUGGCCGAUGUGAUCACUGAUUGGAGCAAUGUCGUCAUUGCUUACGAACCUGUGUGGGCCAUUGGGACCGGUAAAACAGCGACUCCACAGCAAGCGCAGGAAGUCCAUCUGAACCUGCGCUCAUGGUUAACGGAGAAUGUGUCUGCAUCGGUAGCUGCCAACACACGGAUUGUGUAUGGAGGUUCUGUAAAUGCUGGUAAUUGCUGUGAUAUAGGACAGCAAGCUGAUGUAGACGGUUUCCUUGUCGGCGGAGCGUCAUUGAAAGCCGAGUUUGCACAGAUUAUCACUGCCGGGAGUGCGUAAUGCUGUCGUCAUACACUAUCAAUAUUAUAGUGCAUGAUAGUACAGAUUAUAUUCUUACAUUUUAUAGGUACUUUGAAAUUCCCUUGUGAGCAUUGCAAUAAAAUGAGAUUUGAAUUCAUAUCUACAGUUUAUGCUCACUCAAAUAAUAACCUUGUGGAUAUAAAGAUGUUAUUUUGCAAAAUGGAAUUUUGGCAAACCAACUCUGUUGAAAAUUCCCAGUAUUUGGUUAGGAAGUAAGUUGAUAACCGGGUAGGUGUUUUCUAAAGCUGUUUGCAGUUAUGAGCGACUUCAUGAUCAACUGGUGAUCCUUUCUUAUGGUAAAUGAUACGCCCUAGAUUUAUUGGUCUUGAUUUAGUUCCUAAGAAAGGAUCACCAGUCUUUCGUAAAGUCACUCGUAAGUUACGGAGAGCUCAUGAAACAUGUAGCAGGUUGUCAUUUGACUGAACUGUUUAUGGUAUUGAGUGUGAUGUUAAUAGUAAUGCUAUUAGUGUGACCCGAUGUGAUUUAGCCCACUUGAUAUUGUUAUGACCUAUUUCAAAGUGAUUGGCUACGUACCACCGAUAUUGCUACUUUUGAUCUGUCACCAAUGUUGCGGAAUUGGGCCUUGCCAUCAUUCAUAUUUUCAUGACCUGGCUUGCCUCUUGCAUACAUGCUUCUUUGAUGACAAUCAUUCAUAUUUCUAUAUACUGCCCUCUAUUUUGAGAAAAGUGUAAUGCAUUAUUAAAAUGUCCCACAAUGCAGCAUCAGCAGUAUGAUGCAUGCCUGAAGAUAUCUCUGAAAUGAAAAAAAAUAUUUUGUUUAGUAGAGUGAUAUCAGCAGAGAUCACUUCUCACUCAUCAAAUUCAAACUUGUUAAUUUUCAUAUAAAAUGAAAUAAAAUAAAAUAGUAAAGUAAAAUAAAAUGAAAUAAAAUGGUAGCACUAUAAACAAUGACAUUUGCAUAUGAUAAUAAAAUCGUACAAACAAUGUCAAUCAAGUUAUGUAUCUAUCAUUUUUCAAUGAUGGAACCUCAGAUAGUUCCCUCUGAUUUUAUGUGCAGAGGAAAAUUUUUUAUCAGUGUCAUUGACCUUUGACCUUUUAGCUUCUGCUUGCACAGGAAAAAAAUUUACAGGUUGGUACAUGUGGCACCACCAGCUUUGCUCUAUAAUCCACUCUGAUGUCGGGACACAGUUUGAAUAUCAGUAUUAUCCAGGCUUUGAAUUUCAAUAUUAUUUAUGAAAAGUGCACUCUUUUUAAAUUGGAUACAUUUUUAUAUAACAGCACAAAGGGGGAGGGGGCAGAAUGAACAAAAAAUGAACAAAAAUGUCUAAGCCAAUGAGAAGGUACUGGUGGCCACCCAAUUAUUGGCCUUUCAUGACACUGAUUAUCUUACUAUUGAUCAAUGUGAUGAAAUAUAUUCAUAUAUAUAUAGUUAUCAAACUCAUUAUUUUAUUUGAAAAUUGUUCCAAGUUCAGUACAAAAGAGCUCUUGUUUGCCGGGUGAUAAUUGAAAUAGUCCACCCUAUAUAUUUUGGACAUCAAGCAGACAUGACCAAGAAUGAUAUUUGAAAGCUACUGAAACAAAUACAUUUUAUGGUUAAUCAUCUGGAUUCUGUUACAGAUUUGUGGCAGUUUUCACAAACCAAGUUUAUGAAAGGGUCAUUUGAUGUUUCAUUGAGAAAAAUGUCAUCUUAAAAUUGCACUUGGGAAACAGUGCUAAAUGACCCUUUCAUUUUGCCCUCCUUAUCUUCAAAGCUAUUUACAUAUUGCAUGAAGGAUCAAUUAUGAAUGUGUGUUUUGAUGAUGUGUAGUAGUGUAUCUGCAAAGCAGUGAUUGAACAAUGUUUGAAUAAUACUAGGAAAAACCCAGCUGAAGGAAGGAGAAUUCAGAGAUAAACAUGUAAAACUAUGGUGUACUGAAAAAUUCCUUUUGGUAUAGACAGGGCAUGUGAGCUUUUCAAAUCAUUCAGUAAUCACAAUGAUUCCAAGACCAGGGAUGCACUUACCAUUGCCAUAUAAUGAAACCUGGUUCAGGAGAAUGAAGUUUGAUUUAAAACUCAAUAAUUCACGAGUACAAAAACAUUAUUUACAGUAAGACAAAGAGUCUAAUUUGUCAAUAAACUUUGUAUGGUCUGAUAAAUAUUAUUGUGCUCAUUUGGGGAUUUGAAUUCUUAUUGGACCAUGAUAUUGUUUAGUCAUUGAGCUACUAUCUGAUAGUAGGUCCGUGUUUCCAUUAAAUCGUGUAUCAUACCAUACUGUCUAAGGUCUAUUUCAUACAAUUACUGUAAAUGCUGUGAAUCAAAGAAGGUCAGUCUUGGCUGCUCAAUUGUUAUAUUAUGUAAUAUGGUUUGCAUUAUGUUUUUCGAAUUCCGUUUGAGGUUAAGUUCAUGAAAGGCUUUGUGAUCGCAUGUAUGGUAAAGUUAACAGCAUGGAAUAGUGCCAGAAGAUAGCAACUUUGUGUUUGAUGAUGUCAUGUUUGAUUGCCAAACUCUUAGCUGUGACCCUUUUCCACUUUUUAAUAGCUGUAAAUAUAAUCUAGUGAUAUUGCCGUACACUGAUUUGAAGGUAUAUCCGACAGACAGGAAGCUUUAUACGAGAUCUAAGAAAGGCUUGCUUUGGAGGGAACGGAAGAUUUGUGUGUCUGGUUUCAGCGUAUCCUUGCCUGAAUAAAAUCAACCAUAGUGUUUAUUAUCAAUA